AAUCCAGCUGCCUGGGAGGGAGGGAGAGAGAGAUCUCGAGGCAAUCUAGAGGAAGGAGCAGGCAAUUUUAAAGCUGAUACACACUCCCCACGUUUUCAGCCCCACACAAACACACACCAGCUUUUCCUCAGACGCACCACAGCAUGGCAGGUGGCCUCUGCCCAGAUCAGUAGCAUGUGGUAGAGGCCAUCUUAACUGACUCACUGAGGUUUUGAGCUGAGGUUUGGGAUCCUCCCUGGCUGCUGGAGCGUGAGCAGAGUUUUGGAGCUUGAGCUUCACUUUCUUCCCCUAGUGCAGAGAGACGGCACGCCAGGCACGAGGCUCCCUACUCCUCCCCUCUUACUCCCCUUCUCCCACUCUGCCUUUUUUUUUCCUGGGCUUCUGUCCAGAGAAUGACUGGCUCCAGUGGACUUUAGAGGAGGAACACAGCCUGAGGACACAGUACAGGAGCUGCCUGCCUGCCUGCCUGCCUGCCUGCCUGCCUGCCUGCCUGCCUGCCUGCCUGCCUGCCUGCCUUCCCGCCUGCUGGGACAAUCCAAUGCAUUGAGGUUUCCCAAAUCAGCACCUCCUUACCUUUGUGAGAUUUCAAUUUUUUUCUGUCAUCAGAUCAGAAGGACUGGAUCUAAGCUGGGCUUACAGACAGACGGACUGACAUAUGGACAGAGAGCAGUGGGCACUGCAGCGUGAAUGUAGCAACUGGACUUCUCCUCUCCCUGGUUACUCAGACCAAACAAGGAUAAUAGUCAGAUCACUAUCCUGUCCACCGAGGUGGUGGGUGGAUGCAGCAUUCAGAAGACUGCUAUAGGGGAAAGCAGAGACUGUAUAGAAGCUGCAGAGAUACAUCACCAGGGAGAAAAAGGAUUUCUACCUCCAAGCAGACUUUUGUCAGAUUCUUCUAGUUUGUAAGAACUUGUAGAGCAAAUAAAGAGGACUUUCUUCCUUUUCAUGGACUUUGCUGCGCGUGUUAAGUGGACUUGCAGGGUUUUGUGUAAAUGAACGUGGAGCAUCCGUCUUAACUAUGAUGGCAGAGUGUGUAAGGACUGUGUAUCUGACACUGAUGCUGCUGUAUCUUGAUCUGCUGGGUACAGCUUACACAGCCCACAGCAUCUACCCGAGGAUACGGCUCUCCCACAAAGAACUAUGGCAGCUAAACCGGACCUGGGUGUUCCAUGGACAUGCAGCUUCUAUCCAGCCUCAGACCAUGCUGCUUGAUGAAGGUCACGAGCGGCUCUAUGUUGGGGCCAAGAAUGCUCUUUACUCCCUUAGCCUCGAUGGGGUUAACACACACCCGAGAGAGAUCCAGUGGUCCAGUACAGAAUAUCAAAUAGAGGAGUGUUUGAUGAAGGGGAGGGAGAAGCCGGAGUGUGCAAACUACAUCAAGGUAUUGCAACAGUACAACCAGACUCAUUUGCUGGUAUGUGGAACGGGAGCCUUCAAUCCAAUCUGUGGCCUGGUCACAGUGGGAAACACAGGGCAGAACAGGCAGUUUGCUCUGGAAGAAGACAGUGUGAUGAGCGGUAGAGGACGGUGUCCAUAUGACCCAAACAGCCCCUGCACUUCAACACUCUCCAGAGGGGAGCUGUAUAUUGCCCUGUACACUGACUACUGGGAGAAUGAUGGUGCUCUCUGUCGACUCAACAACCAGACCUACACUCGCACUGAAAGAGACGACAAGCAGCAACUGAAUGAACCUAAAUUUGUGGGCUCAGCGGUUAUUCCUGACAACGAUGACAGGGAUGAUGAUAAAGUUUACUUCUUCUUCACUGAGCGAGAGACGGACGCAGAGGGAGCGAACAAGGCCGUGUAUUCUCGUGUUGGCAGAGUCUGUGCGAACGACCAGGGAGGACAGAGGAUGCUGGUGAAUAGAUGGAGCUCCUUCCUGAAAACUCGUCUUAUCUGCUCUGUGGCCGGGCCAAACGGCAUUGAUACACACUUUGAUGAGCUUGAGGACGUGUUUGUUCUGAACAACAAAGACAGGAAAAACCCAGAAAUCUUUGGCCUCUUCAGCACAACAAGUGCUGUGUUUAAAGGCUAUGCAGUGUGCAUCUAUCACAUGGAGGAUAUAAGAGCAGCCUUUAAUGGUCCCUUUGCCUACCGGGAGAGAGCUGAGCAUCACUGGACUCCUUAUGAGGACAGAGUCCCCUACCCUAGACCUGGAUCUUGUGCCAGUAAAGUUAACGGAGGGGGCUUCUCUAGCUCAAAGGAGUUUCCUGAUGAGGUUUUGCGAUUUGUACGUGCUCAUCCUGUGAUGUAUCGCCCAGUCCUUCCUCAGCACGGCAGGCCUGUCCUGCUGCAGACAGAGUCCGGCAGCAGAAAACUGACUCAGAUCGCUGUUGACAGAGUCCAAGCCCAAGAUGGACACUACCAUGUUCUCUACAUUGGCACUGAUGACUCCAGCGUGUUGAAAAUUAUCACCAUUUAUAACAAAGACACAGACACUAUGGAGGAGGUGCUGCUGGAAGAGCUGCAAGUAUUCAAGGAGCCUGUGCCCAUAAAAGAGAUCAUAAUAUCACCGAAAAGGCAACAGCUGUACGUGGGAUCAGAAGUGGGUGUGGCUCAGGUCAGACUGCACCAGUGUGACCUCUAUGGCUCAGAAUGUGCUGACUGCUGUCUGGCCAGAGACCCUUACUGUGCCUGGGAUGGUCUCACCUGCUCCAGAUACUACCCUGCUGGAGUCUACACUAAAAGCAGACGAUUCAGGCGGCAGGAUGUUCGCCAUGGCAACGCCGUCCAGCUGUGCAAUGGGCUGCAAAUUGAUGAUGAACAAUGGCACAGAGCUGAGGAGAGGUUUGUUUACGGCGUAGAGAACAACAGCACUUUACUCGAGUGUGUCCCUCGAUCACUGCAAGCCAAGGUGCUGUGGUUCCUACAGAGAGGGGAUGAGAAACACGAGGUUCGAGGUGAUGAGCGGGUAAUCGUGACUUCCCACGGGCUCCUGUUUUUACGAGUCAGGAGCUCUGACGCUGGUGUGUACGUGUGCCAGACUGUUGAGCAUGGAUAUGUGCACACAUUAUUACGUAUCACUCUGCACGUGCUCAGAGGGGAGAAGGUGGAGUCAGUGAUCCACAGAGUGAAUGAUGGAGAGGGAGACAAAGCUGCUUCGUGCCCCCACUCCUCCCUUGGCCCACUACCCGGCCCCAGCAUCAGCCCCAGGGCUCUGGUCCCUUCCUCUCUUCCUGGCCCCCACUCACGGCUGUGGUACAAGGAGUUCCUCCAGCUUAUUGGCUACGGGGAUGCCCAAAGAGUGGAAGCAUACUGUGAGAGAGUGUGGUGCUCUGAUAAAAAACGCAAAAAGACCAAAAAGAAGUAUGCGACUCCUGCUGGAGAGAAAAGAGGGAAAGGGAGGGGGGAGGAGAACUCCCACCGAGCGCCUCGGCACACCUUGGACACCUGAGGAGAAUAAGCUAACUGCAUAUUCACACCGAGCACACACACACGCACAUACAGUCUAAAGGUCGGAUUCACUCAGUGUUUGCACCAUGUAUAGAGGUUUCUCUUUGCUUUUAACAUAAACAGUAACAGUAAAACAACACCAGCAGGCUGUCCUGCUUUUGUAGCUACAAUAACCACACUUUUGUUACUGUAUUACAAGUGAUGUUUUGCCUUAUGUGGUGUGCUGUAAACUGAUUAUGUGGUGCAGACCCUGGGUAAGUACUUUGAAUGUCAGUGUCAGUGCAGAGCAGAGGCCCUGGCAGGAGAUGGACCACUGAUUAAGGGACAUCCCCUCUGAUCUGAAGAGACAGAAAACAACAAAUCAGCUCCUGUGGACUGACCCAGCCUGACUCUGCUGUCAGUCAAAACGCACACAGAGACUACAGCACAACACCUUUGCUACGGCUCUCAUUCCUUGCCUCAAUAUGAAACUCACAUAUGUAUCUAUUAUGAGAGGAAACGACUCUGUUUAAGAAAAGCUCUUUUGGUACUAUGCUAACUUAUUUUCUUGGUCUUUACUCCGUAGCUGUUUAGAUGUCGUAAACUGGAAAAUGUAGUGCUGGUUUUUAUUGUACAGUGAAAUAAUGCAUUGAGCUUUAUGAUACUGCUAAUUUUAAUACAAUGUGGGGAUGUAGGGUAACAUUGGCCACAAUGCAUCCAGUUAAAUGUUGCGAUGCCACUAUUAUGGAUAUUUGAGGCAUGUUUUAGUUAUAUUUAUGCCCUCAAUGGAAAUAAAUACUAUUUAAGCACUUGUAAAAACAGUUAGAGUUGAUGAAAAGUGGUUCUAUAAGUGAAUAUUAUUGUCCUUGUAUGUGUCUACAUUUACAGAUACAAUUGUGAUCAAACGUACCAGCAGUGUUGUGCGUAUUGUAUAUUUUAUUUAUCUAAAAUCAGGAUGGUUGUUGAGGGCCCACCUGUUAAGUUAAACACCCAUCUCACUUUGACUUUCCCCCUUUUUUUCCCAUUCUCCUCUGUCAUUGUUGCUCUUUUACUCCCUUCCUCUGUUUCUCCCACUUAAUUUAUCUUCCCUUUUGUUCGUCUGUGACAAUGUUGCAGAUGGGUUCGUAAUUACCACUACAAGCAGCACAUUUCCGUCUGGUGGAAAAGAGAAAUAGAUGUUAGGUUGGCUAUCCAAGCAUGUCAUUGGCAAAACAAACAAUGAAUAUUCAGCCGAGUUCUGAGAUGUCAGACUCAAAGAUGUUACAGAGAGAUGUAUCGUACUGGUCAGGUUAUUUGAAUGAUCACUUCUUUUCCAUACCGUGCCUUAUUUUCACCAAGUAUUCCAAAUGUAUGGUUUUGACCUUGCUGUCUUUACUAAAUCAUAAUGUGGCUAAAAGAAAAAAACACACAAUUUGUUGGGGUCUGUCACUCAUCAUUCUCCUUGAAUAUCCUUCAACUAAGCUUAAGAUUGAGAGUGUUGUGUCUGCUAUACCCUUUAUAAAUAACUGCCAUUAAAAAAGAUGGGCCAUCUUUCGCCGGUGUCACCUCUGUGGUUUAGCAAUCAAUAACAACACACACACACACACACACACACACACACACACACACACGCAUACACACACAUUGAGACUCAGCCAGUGAAGCAGAAGGGAGGCCUUUAGAUUUGAUUACAACAGAAAUGAACCUGAAUAACGAAGUAUUUGUUACAAAGUAUUAUUUCAUGUCACCAGACAGGAAAACAUGAAAGUGAAAGUAGCUUUCUCUCCUGAUACUGUUGAACACACAUCAUGCUUGUGAAAUUUAAAAUCUAAUACAACCAU